CUUGGGUUACAUGUCAGUAAGAAACUCAAAGGAUGUGUUUCUGAUAAUGAGGCUUCGACUUCCCAGUUCAGCCGCCAUGAUUCGUUGUAACUCACUUCACAACCAGAUUGUUUCAAACCUUGGAAGUGAAGAGUUUACACAGAAGGUACUCAACAGAAGAUGGACACUGCCAAGCCCCGAAACAAAAAUUCACCAACUAAUCCACACACAAGCCCCUACUCUUUUAUUGAACACCCAUCCAUCUUUUGGUGUCCAUGAUAAACAAAGCAAGUACUUUUACAUCGUUCGGGAUGAUUUGUUGCACCCUCUUGUUAAUGGCAACAAAGCAAGAAAACUCGAUGCACUACUCCCUCUGCUUCACCAUUCUUCUGUCACUGAUGUGGUACAAUACAACACAACAUUCCACCAACUCAUUACAGUUACAUGUGGAGGUUGUCAGAGUGCUCACACAGCUGCUAUUGCUGUUCUGUGUGCUGAGAGAGGAAUUGUGUCACAUCUGCUUCUACGAGGAGAGCAGCCUGAAAUCUUGACUGGCUAUAACUUGAUGUCUACUAUGUAUGGAAAUGUCACAUAUGUUCCAAGAACUGUUUAUGCCAACAGGGAAGAGAUGCUAAAGAGCUAUGCUAAUUCAGUGGCUGGUAACAAUGGUUCUGUCCUAUGGUUCAGUGAUAUCAUUCAGGCUUCUUCAGCAUCUGAAUUGUCCACUUCUCCAAAUUUUAUGCAAAUGGAUGUAAGUAGAAGCGAGGGGAACCAUCUACGAAAGAUUUUAGUUGUCAAUGAAGGUGCUGGUGAUUCUGUUGCUCUACUAGGUGUUAUUCGUUUAGUGCAAUACUUAUCACAGGAUCAUUUACUUGGAAAACAAAGGCCCAUAAAAUUUGUUGUAGAUGCUGGUACAGGCACAACAGCUGUUGGUUUAGGACUUGCAGCUCAUUGCUUAGGACUCCCAUGGGAGGUAUAUGCUGUCAUGCUGGCUGACAAAAUUGAUGGGUAUAGAAAACAGGAGGAGCGUUUGAUUUCUGAAUUCAAGAAACAUUUUAACAUUGAGUUUAUUGACUUCAACAGAGAAGGUGCGGGGAUAGUGAAUUGGGUGGAACGUGGCCGUCCAAGAAAAUUUGGCAAUGUUUUGGAAGGGGAAGUGGAAGCAUGUCAGCAAAUUGCCCAACAAACUGGGAUUCUGGUGGAUCCUGUGUAUACAUUAGCUGCUUGGGAAACAGCAAUGCUUCUCUCUAGCAAAGAAGCUGAAGAAGGACCAGAAGUUGUGUUGCUUCACACUGGAGGCACGUUGGGUAUGUUUGGGUUGGCUCAGAGGUACACAAAUUAUUUUGGCAUGCUCAAAAAAGGACCGGAUCAAUUUUAGAAACGUGAGGUUGUAGUUUAGAUGACAGGGUCAGCUGCAAUCUUGUUGCAAUAGAAAUGCAUUGAUAGCAUUCCUAUUCCUAGUGGCCAGAGCUUCAGCCUGACAUAAAUUUCUUUAUUCGGAAGAAAUUGAACUUCUAUUGAUGCUUCCAAUUCAUGGUGCUUAUUCUAAGCUGACACUGAUGAUGUAUUUUAUUGUAGUUGGACGAUGAUAGUAUGAAAAGUUGUUUUGUAGAUUUUUUUUCGUUCAUAUAUCCAACAAAUAAACUACUUUUGUAUCAUUCAACAUGGGGUUUAUUAUUGUA